CUCACCACCGACCAUUCACAGCAAAUCACAAUGUCCAUCGAAGGUAAACACCACGACAUCUACCCCGCAAUCGACCCCUCCAACCCCUCCUCCGGCCUCGCCAAUGCCGCCGAGGGACGCACCGUCAUCAUCACCGGUGCCGGCCGCGGAAUCGGUCGUUCGAUCGCGUUGAACCACGCCAAAGCCAACGCGAAGAUCAUUGUCCUCGCUGCUCGUACCGCGUCCCAAUUAACCGAGGUCGCGGAGGAGAUCAAGAAGAUCAAUGAGGGUAUCAAGAUCUUGGAGGUCGAGACAGACAUCACGGAUGCCUCGAGCGUAAAGAACCUGAUCGAAAAAGCCGUGCAGGCAACGGGGAACGAUGGUCUCUACACCCUCUUCAACAACGCCGGGAUCCUCGAACCGAACCUUACGAUCGCUGAAUCGGAUCCAGACACCUGGUUCAAAACCUGGGAAGUUAACCUAAAAUCAACAUACCUCCCAACCCACUACCUCCUCCCCCGUCUCUCCCCCACAACUCCUAAGCCCCACUACAUUAUCAACACCUCCUCCAUCGGCUCCCGCGGUACCCGAGCCGGGUUUUCGGCGUACCAACCCUCCAAAACCGCAAUUAACCGCUUCACAGCAUUCCUCGAUACCGAACACCAUGUCUCUCACAACCUCAUCACGUUCGCUGUUCACCCGGGAGGCGUGAUGACCGAGUUGGCGAGGGAGAGUAUGCCGAAGGAUACGUGGGGGUUGUUGUGUGAUACGCCCGAGUUGAUGGGGGGUUUUGGUGUUUGGGUUGGAAGUGGAGCGUGCGAUUGGGCUAGGGGGAGGUAUUUGGAGUGUAAUUGGGAUGUGGAGGAGAUUGGGAGCAAGAAGGGAGAGGUU